CGAAAAACUCUGCGAAUGCUCAGAUUUUUACAAUCAGCCGACCGACAAGCAAAUAAUCUAGAUUAAAACAUAAUUUUUCUAUAAAGCAACAUGAGUCAAAACGGGAACAAUCCAUCAGCCAUCGUGCAGAAUACCGCACAGGCUGAAGGAAAUGAGGAUGGCGCUGUUCCCGGCUGCUCCAAUUGCAUUAUAUGCGGUGAAUCAUUCGCUAGCCAUGAACCCGAUCUCAGCUCCUUCCCAAGCGAGCAUGGUGAAGAAAACGAGCAGAUUGUGCUGCCAAACGAUACUUCUGGCCAAAAUCAGUCUGGGCCUUCUGUUGAGGUUUGCGUUUCUGUGGCGACAGCCAGUGGACCACCAAUCACAGUUGGAAUUUCCGGUGGUCAGUUGGCCUUUAGUCAAGCGCCUAUUUCUUUUAGCUUGUCAAGUCGCCAUUCAACCAACGUCGUUUUUCAGAUUAAGCCGAGUGGCUCCUCCGCUGCUGCUCCAGCUCAGCCAGCAAGCUCAAACGAAGUGCCAAUGCCCUCCAACUGCGUGAGUGUGCUGCGCUGCCCCAUCUGCCUCGGCUCGGCCAACAACCCACGUGCCACCGCUUGUGGCCACAUCUUUUGCAACUUCUGUCUGCAGCGCGCCCUCAGCAUCCGUCCCGUUUGCCCCGUUUGCGGCGUUGCUCAGGAAUAUCGCAAUGCCCUGCAAAUCUUUCCAUAAUUUUGCAAUAUAAAGAAAAUGCCUGUAAGCCAUAAAAUAAAUAAACAUGACAAAAUGUCGAAA